UAGCUAUCUCUCUAAUCGUAUCCCCAAGAAUUUUCUUAUAUGAUUUUACUAUGAAAUUCGAGGACUUAUUGCAGCAACACCGCCUGCCAAGUGAAGAAAAACAGACCAAACUUCUACUUCAAGAGCAGGUUGAAAGACUGCAGCAAGAAUUGGAGGGGGAGCUUCAGCUCAACAGGGUUCUACAAUGUGCUGUCAAAGGUCCGGUCGGAUGCUGCGAAUCCUGCUCGUGUCUAUCCCCAUUGCUUCCUUUCAAGGUACAAGUGCUUCUAGCAGAACUAUCUGCAGUUGAAGAAGAGAUAGAAUGGAUGGAGAGUAAGAUUAAUGACCUCAAGCUAUGUAUCUACAAAGAGAAGAAAAAGACGAGAGAAUCAUCGGAAGUGCCACAACCAAUGCGAAGACAGCUAAGGAAGUUGGCGUCUAGACGGCCGGGGCAGAUUUGUGACGAUCACUGUGAAAUUGCUCGGGACAGAAGAGCCUCGAUAGGCUCUUCGAUCGAGCUUCAAAGCACCACUUUUCAAGGAAAAUAUGAAGAGGAAACAAGAUGCACGAAAAGUCGAACAAUCUGCACUCCACAGGACAUGAAAAAUGACUAUUUGAAUCCUAAUAAGGUAUCGGUGGAACUCAUCAAGUGCUUGAUAGGCAUAUUUAUGAAAUUGAACGAAGCAUCGUGUAAAGGCAAAGGAAGCACUAACCUUACGAAGCAUACGGUUACCUGUAUGAACUCCGGCUUGGUGUCUAAAGCUGCAUUCAGCUGCAGGACGCCGGUGUUUCCAGUUAAUCACGGUGUCGCAUCUCAUCUUGAUCCAUAUGAUAUAUUGCCUGAGCCUGAAGUAAGCGUCAGAGACGUUGGAGCGUACAAGAAUUUUAUACAGAUCACAAGGAGCACGCUGGAUUCAAGGCGCCUUUCUGAAUGUCUUCCUGCGAUGCAGCGGCUGAGGGGAUUGAUGCAGAAACUCAGUAAAGUAAACUUGAAUUACUUUACACACAAGCAGAAGUUGGCUUUCUGGAUCAAUGUUUAUAACACCUCCAUUAUGAACGCAUUUUUGCAGCAUGGAUUGAAUUCCAUUCAGGAGAAGAUACCUGCAAUCGUGAAAGAGGCUGCUAUCAAUGUUGGUGGAAUCGUGCUUAAAGCUUCCACUAUAGAGCACUUUAUUCUUCGGCAUCCAGCUGAAGUUAAACUUGAUCAGUUAGCCGAUGAAGAGGAAAUGCGUCUGUCGCAAGCUUGUGGACUCGACUAUCCAGAGCCGAACGUCGUGUUCGGUCUCUGCCGAGGCAGCUGGUCGUCGCCGGCGUUAAGGUUUUACACGGCGGAUGAAGUCAUGAACGAAUUAGAGAAAGCGAAAGCAGAGUACCUGGAAGCUUCGGUUGGAAUCACGAACAGGAAGAAGAUUCUGGUGCCGAAGCUUGUGCACUGGCACAUGAAAGACUUCGCGGACGAUGUGGAGUCGCUUCUGGAAUGGAUCUACAGCCAAUUACCUUAUAAGAGCUCUCUGAAGAGAUCGAUGAUGGAAUGCCUGAACGGAGAAUCUCAAUCGCCGUCGCGCAAACUCGUCGAAAUUCAGCCGUACGCUUCCCAAUUCCGGUACCUAAUUGCAAUUUAAAUAAGAAGAGGAUGUCACGCGUCCGCGGCAGCCAUUUCAUGCUGUUGAACUGAUUUUGAGGUUUUUUGGGUCGUUUGGUUGUAUUCUAUUAAUAAUCAAAAUUUUGAAUGGAAAUUUAUUUAGGGUAUGUUUGU